CGAUAAUCUUUACUUCCGGUCAGCCCUUCCGGUUAGUUUCAAGAGAUGACAUAAUUUUCUUACCCUACCCCACCCCUACUAUGGCGCAUUGUGCGCGGGGAAUCAAACGUCUGCGCAUCCUCUGGUCACAAAAGACAUCGAAGACAAAAUGGCUCCCUAUGAAGAAGACGGAGGAGAAAGGCCAAAUGAUGAUCGUUUGAUCAAAAUAAACUUUGAAUGGGUAAAGGUAGUUCUUGGGCAGAUUGCUAUAGCAGAAUUGGUCCUAACAUUUCUCUGUGGCUGUUGUUCGUCGUCGGUUUCGUGGUACAUAAGUUCAGGUUGUGGCGGCAAGAUUGGAUUCCUCGACUUCGUAGCCUGGACUGCCUUUCUAAAUAUUCUUAUCGACCUUAUUAUUCACACCUUGGGUUUGUGGGAGCGUUUGUUGUGGAUCUUUCGCCACCCAGCCGUUCACUUUGUACUAUGCUGCUUAGCUGUCUUAGGCUUUUUGAUCGGAUCUUCCUUGGUCGCUUCUUGUUCGAAGGAUAACGGGGUCUACAAUCCUGGUGCUGGUGUAGCUGCUUCUAUAUUUGGUUACAUUUGUCUUGUUCUCUUUGGUGUUGAAGCCUACUUGCACUUCAUGAAGUACAGGAACAUGGAGUCUGAGGGAAGAAGGCAGACGGGUUCUGAGGACGCUAAAGCAGAUGUGAUUUGAAAACAUAUUAAAGAUGCUCCAGAAAGUAUGAUUUCUAGAAGGUGUGCUUGAAUAUGGUGGUUUCUUAAAUUGGCAUCAGCAGGAAUAAAGAAAGUUAAGGAGAAUCAGAGAACAAAUAGUUUAACAAAUAUAAUCAUUGACAUUUAUAUAAUAUAUUAGAGUGAUAAAUAACUGCAAAAGUUUUCUUAACUACUUAAAACUGAAUUAAUUCYGUUUAAAACUGAUUCGCUGUUAUCCAUUAUUCAUGGGUUGUUUUAGUAAGAUCUUUUUUGGGAAGUUGUGUAAUGUAUAAUAUGAACGUUAAUAGCCUGAGAAAGAUGUAAGGUUUAUGUACUUUACAAUUCAUUAUAAGUUUAUUCAAAUAAACAGAGUUUGUAGACAAAA